AUGGCGAAAGCGACUAAGAAGACGCACAAUCUGACACAGGAUGUUGAGCCAGCAACCUCGACAUCCAAACCCAAGACAGUGAAGAUUUGCUGUCGUCAGUCCUGUUCCAAAUGUAGCAAGAAGAUAAGGAGACCCAAGGUGCAGAAGCCUAAAAAGAAGAGCAAGAAAACACUGCCAAGCAUGCCUAACAGAAAGACUACUAAGAAACCUACACCACCUAAAAAAAGGACCAAUAAAGGCAAAGGGAAAGAACUAUUUGGUCACUACCGCCGUUUGCUGAAAGAGCUGUCAACAGGUACUGGGAAGGAGCCCCAACAUAGCAGCACUGAGAGCUCCAGGAUUUCAACAAGUGAGUAAGAGUGCCAGUAGACUCAGCAAGCCAACCAAAGACCUGGGAAUCUGUGAAAAG